AUGGCGACAGCAGCGGCUCGUCCGCUCGUGACAGUUCAGCCGUACGACGAGGCCGGCGCGCCGCAGCAGGCGCCGCUUCCCGCCGUGUUCCUCGCGCCGAUCCGCAGCGAUGUCGUUAAGUUCGUGCACGCGAUGGUUUCGAUGAACAAGCGUCAGCCGUACGCCGUCAGCACCAAGGCCGGCCACCAGACGUCCGCCGAGUCCUGGGGUACCGGUCGCGCCGUGUCGCGUAUUCCCCGCGUUCCCGGCGGCGGUACGCACCGCGCGGGACAAGGAGCCUUCGGUAACAUGUGCCGCGGCGGUCACCUGUUCGCGCCGCUCCGCAUCUGGCGCCGCUGGCACCGCAAGGUCCCCAUCAAGAUGCGCCGCCAUGCGGUCGCCUCCGCCAUUGCCGCCUCCGCCGUGCCCGCGCUCGUCCAGGCGCACGGCCACGCCGUCAGCAAGGCGCCGGAGCUGCCGCUGGUGGUGGGCAACGAGAUCGAGGCGGUGGAGAAGACUUCCUCCGCGCUGAAGGCGCUGAAGCGCAUCGGCGCGUACGAUGACGUGGCGAAGGUGAUCGCGAGCAAGAAGAUCCGGCCCGGCGUGGGCAAGAUGCGCAACCGGCGGUACCUCAGCAAGAAGGGCCCGCUCAUCGUGUACGGCACCGACGGCGCCAAGCUCACCAAGGCCUUCCGCAACAUCCCCGGUGUUCAGGUGGUCGCAGUCGAGAAGCUCAGUGUCCUCGACCUGGCCCCCGGCGGCCGCGUCGGUCGCUUCGUGAUCUGGACGCAGAGCGCGUUCGACAAGCUCGAGGGGCUCUUCGGGUCCUUCUCGCAGGCGCCCACGCUGAAGCGCGACUUCCUGCUGCCGCGCGCCGCCAUCGUGAACAGCGACAUCACGCGCAUCAUUAACAGCGACGAAGUGCAGAGUGUGUGCCGGCCCAAGAGGCCCGCCCCCAAGCCGCUGCACCGUCUGAAGCGCAACCCUUUGAAGAACCGCACUGCCAUGGCCGUGCUCAACCCCUUCGCCGCGGAGAAGCGCAAGCAGGCCGCCGAGGCUGCCGCCCAGCCCAAGGCCAAGAAGGCCCGCGAGUCGGAGGAUGCGAAGAAGGCGGGAGAGCAGUGGUACCAGACCAUGAUUUCAGACUCGGACUACCUCGAAUUCGAAAACUUCACCAAGUGGCUCGGCGUGUCGGAGUGA